GCGGGGCGACCCCGGCCCCGGGCGGCCGCAGCAGCAGCGGGACCAGGACUCGGUAGAAGCGUGGCUGGACGAUCACUGGGACUUUACCUUCUCUUACUUUGUUAGGAAAGCAACCAGGUAAGAAGAGAACGCACGGAAGACCUAGUCGGGGCAUGGAGAGUGACCUGGGACUGUUCUCUUUCGCCCUUUGAAUUUUCCCUUCCUUCCCAUUAAGCAGCCACCAGUUCCCCGGCCCUUUGCUUUUGAAGUAGGUCCUUGGUCCUGUUAUGGAUAAAUACCUCUACUUUAAAGUGAGUACGGUAACUAAAACCGAAGCGUCAGAUUCUACCCAACUUGCUCACAAAGUUCAAAUACAAAAAUGUAUGUGCCGACCCCCCCGCCCCAGCUCCCGCCACCCUGGUCUUCCCUGGGAGCAAGGUUAUUUUUAUAUAACGUCGCUCAUGGGGCCUUCUACCAGCCCCUCUCCUGCCUCUUGGUUUUCCUAAAUCCCCUUAGCGAAACCAAAACACUUUUUUGAGCCCCUUCCCUGUAGCUCCGGAAGCACCAUUUCCAACUCGGUCCCAGUGGCUCCGCUCCUCCCCGUCCCCCCUCGCCCCGGCCCUGGCGGGGCGGGGAAGCCGGGGUAGAGGCGAGACGACCGGAGAGCCCAAAGGCAACAACAUGCCGGAACCUUCCCAGAAGAAAUGGUCAAUGCAUGGUUUGCUGAGAGAGUUCACACCAUUCCUGUCUGCAAGGAAGGCCUCAGAGGCCACACCGAAUCUUGCUCUUGCCCCUCACAGCAGACGUCUCGUGCAGAUAGCAGUGCCCCUGGGACACCAACCAGGAAAAUCUCUGCUUCUGAAUUUGACCGGCCCCUUAGACCCAUUGUCGUCAAGGAUUCUGAGGGAACUGUGAGCUUCCUCUCUGACUCAGAAAAGAAGGAACAGAUGCCUCUAACCCCCCGAAGGUUUGACAAUGAAGAAGGAGAUCAGUGCUCACGGCUCUUGGAAUUAGUGAAAGAUAUUUCCAGUCAUUUGGAUGUCACAGCCUUAUGUCACAAAAUUUUCUUGCAUAUUCAUGGACUCAUCUCUGCUGACCGCUAUUCGCUGUUCCUUGUCUGUGAGGACAGCUCCAAUGACAAGUUUCUUAUCAGCCGCCUCUUUGAUGUUGCUGAAGGCACAACACUGGAAGAAGCUUCAAAUAAUUGUAUCCGCUUAGAAUGGAACAAAGGCAUUGUGGGACAUGUGGCAGCGCUUGGUGAGCCCUUGAACAUCAAAGACGCAUACGAGGAUCCUCGGUUCAAUGCAGAAGUUGACCAAAUUACAGGCUACAAGACACAAAGUAUUCUUUGUAUGCCAAUUAAGAAUCAUAGGGAAGAGGUUGUUGGUGUCGCUCAGGCCAUCAACAAGAAAUCUGGAAAUGGUGGGACAUUCACAGAAAAAGACGAAAAGGACUUUGCUGCUUAUUUGGCAUUUUGUGGUAUUGUUCUUCAUAAUGCUCAACUCUAUGAGACUUCACUGUUGGAGAACAAGAGAAAUCAGGUGCUGCUUGACCUUGCUAGCUUAAUUUUUGAAGAACAACAAUCAUUAGAAGUAAUUCUGAAGAAAAUAGCUGCCACUAUUAUCUCUUUCAUGCAGGUGCAGAAAUGCACCAUUUUCAUAGUGGAUGAAGAUUGCUCCGAUUCUUUUUCUAGUGUGUUUCACAUGGAAUGUGAGGAAUUAGAAAAAUCAUCAGAUACCUUAAGGGAACGUGAUGCAAACAAAAUCAAUUACAUGUACGCUCAGUAUGUCAAGAAUACUAUGGAACCCCUUAAUAUCCCAGAUGUCAGUAAGGAUAAAAGAUUUCCCUGGACAAAUGAAAACACAGGAAAUGUAAACCAGCAGCACAUUAGAAGUUUGCUUUGUACACCUAUAAAAAAUGGAAAGAAGAAUAAAGUGAUAGGGGUUUGCCAACUUGUUAAUAAGAUGGAGGAGAAUACUGGCAAGGUUAAGCCUUUCAACCGAAAUGAUGAACAGUUUCUGGAAGCUUUUGUCAUCUUUUGUGGCUUGGGGAUCCAGAACACACAGAUGUAUGAAGCAGUGGAGAGAGCCAUGGCCAAGCAGAUGGUCACAUUGGAGGUUCUGUCAUACCACGCUUCUGCAGCAGAGGAAGAAACAAGAGAGCUCCAGGCUUUAGCGGCUGCUGUGGUACCAUCUGCUCAGACCCUUAAAAUUACUGACUUCAGCUUCAGUGACUUUGAGCUGUCGGAUCUGGAGACGGCACUGUGUACAAUUCGGAUGUUCACUGACCUCAACCUUGUGCAAAACUUCCAGAUGAAACAUGAGGUUCUUUGCAGUUGGAUUUUAAGUGUAAAGAAGAAUUAUCGGAAGAAUGUUGCCUAUCAUAAUUGGAGACAUGCCUUCAAUACAGCUCAGUGCAUGUUUGCUGCUUUAAAGGCAGGCAAAAUCCAGAACAAGCUGACAGACCUGGAGAUACUCGCACUGCUGAUCGCUGCGCUAAGCCAUGAUCUGGACCACCGCGGUGUGAAUAACUCUUACAUACAACGAAGCGAACACCCACUGGCUCAGCUCUACUGUCAUUCCAUCAUGGAACACCAUCAUUUUGACCAGUGCCUGAUGAUUCUCAAUAGUCCAGGGAAUCAGAUCCUCAGUGGCCUCUCCAUUGAAGAAUAUAAGACCACGUUGAAAAUAAUCAAGCAAGCUAUUUUAGCUACAGACCUAGCACUGUACAUUAAGAGGAGAGGAGAAUUUUUUGAACUAAUAAGAAAAAAUCAAUUCAAUUUGGAAGAUCCUCAUCAAAAGGAGUUAUUUUUAGCGAUGCUGAUGACAGCUUGUGAUCUUUCUGCAAUAACAAAGCCCUGGCCUAUUCAACAACGGAUAGCAGAGCUUGUAGCAACUGAGUUUUUUGACCAAGGAGACAGAGAAAGAAAAGAACUCAAUAUAGAGCCCACUGAUCUAAUGAAUAGAGAGAAGAAAAACAAAAUCCCAAGUAUGCAAGUUGGAUUCAUAGAUGCCAUCUGUUUGCAACUAUAUGAGGCCCUGACCCAUGUAUCAGAGGACUGUUUGCCUUUGCUGGAUGGCUGCAGAAAGAACAGACAGAAGUGGCAGGCCCUUGCAGAACAGCAGGAGAAGACGCUGAUUAACGGGGAAAGCAGCCAGGCUAAGCGGACCUGAGUGGCCUCUUUCAUGCAGAGUGGACGUUUACAGAGACGGUGUAUUCUGCAGUAAGCCUAGUUCUGUCAUACACUGUACAGAUUUGGUGUCUACUUUGCAACUGUGGUAUUUUUUAUUUUUGCACAACUUGUGAGAGCAUUGCAUGAAAUGUUUGUAGGGGACAUAGCUUCUGUAUAUCUGUUUUAUGCCACUCAGCUGAGAUGAUCAGUGACACCCACUCAUAGCACAUUGAUAAAGAACACUAUCUGUGGUGUUUGUACAAAUGGCGUUCUUGCACUGAGGAUGGUUUUCGCCUGGAGAUUUUACAUAAUUGGGUUUUGUGUUUUCUGAAUUACCAAUCUUUCAAGAAUGUUUGGAAUCUUUCCUUUCUCAAAAACAGGCUAGGAGCAAAUGGAAUAUGUUCUGUGACAUUUAAAACCUUCGUAGGACAGAGAAAAAUGUAGGCCUAGUGAGUUUUAAGGGGAAAAACGUAUACUUGCCAACAAUGCAUUUCCUUAACAACAACAAAAAAAAAGGUCAAGCACCCUGAAACAAAUGGAAAGUACUGUGAGUCAGGAUUAUAAAGAAAAAAGAUAUUAGUUCACUGAUUUGCUGUUUUAGUUAGAGAACAGGUAGGAAAAGGAUUUUGUCACUGCGGUGCAGUACAUCUAUUCAAAAACUACCCAUAAAACCCCUUCAGUCUAACCUGUCCGGUGUGAAGCAGAGGAAACCUUAGGAGAAGAUCAGUCACUGGCUAAACUAAGAGUGAGCAUGAUCCAGAAGGAAGCCCUGGUGGGGUAAUGGUUAAUAGUUACAGCUGCUAACCAAAAGGUUGACUGUUUGAAUCCAUCAGGUGUUCCUUGGAAACCACAUGGGGCAGUUCUACUCUGUCCUAUAGGGUUGCUAUGAGUCAGAAGUGACUCGAUGGCAGCGGGUUUUUAACGGGUUUUAUGAUCCAGAAAUGGAAUGGCCCUGUGUUUAAUUCUGUCAGGGGAGGGAAACGUUUUGUCGGAAGACCCUUCUGAGAGUUAAUGAGUGUUUUGAAUAUUGAACUUCCUUUUUUAAACAACUUUCUCAUCUCUCAUCUCCUUAUGGCUUUUAAGUCAACAACCUGAAUUUUCCAGAGGAAAUUGAGGGGGGAAAAAAUGGUAAUUGGAGCACUGACCUGAACUGAGAUCUGGCUCUAGAUAGGAGGUGAGUAAAAAUGGAAUCCAUUUUUUCUCUGUCAAGCAGAGUAUAGAGAAAAGUGUUGAUUACAUAAACAGCAAAGAGCUAUCUAUCCUUAAUGCUGGGGUCAAACAUGAAUUCAAGUGAGCAGGAAGGUGAGAAACUUUGGGCCUGAAUACAACAUAGCAAUUUUGAGGCUUGUGAUCAAGAAACUGCCAUAUUUUGGUUUAUAGGACGAAUCACCCCAGAAUCACAUAAGUUUAGGAGUCAUGCUAAACACUUAGCUUGUAGUUGUCGGUACUUCCUCCCCAUCCUUUUUAAUAUUGUUGACAUCUUCUGUGGAUUUUGAGCCCCUUUAAAUGGAUUUCCUAUGAGUUGGAAUCAACUCCACCGCAAUGGGUUUGGUUUUGGUUUGGUUUUAAGUGGCUUUCCUGCCCUUAAAUACAUAUUUAUUCAAUACAUUCCUGCCCUUAAAUACAUAUUUAUUCAAUACUGGAAAAGUAGCUAAUGAAUUGAACAACUGGCUCAGAAAGAAAAGUCUGUCCCCAAUAUCAAGAAACUUUCGGAUUUGGGGAGAGUGAGAAGAGAGAUAUUGUAUGAUUGCUUACCUUACCCCCUAAAAAAGUUAUUAUCAUCUGAGUUUCUGUCACUAAUUUGGAUAGAAAACCUUUUAGGGAUGUGGUGAUGUAGCAGCCUGAAGACCUUUCAGUAAAACACGUGGUUUUCCAUUGAAAUCUUUUUUUUCCAUGAACUUUGCCUAAGAUUCAACAACAUGUUCUUUAAGUUUUUAAAGAAUAUAUAAAAAAUGUAUACUGUGUGUAUAUAUUUAUCUUGACAUAAUGUGGCUUCAUUCUUGCCACUCAGGCAAAAAAAAAGGCAAAACAAAUUAUAUUGCUGUUACUUUGUAGUAGUAAAGGCUAUUUUAGAAGUUAUCAAUUUUUUAAUGUUAUAUGUAUUUUCAAGAUGUUAUUUUUAUUUUUUGUCAUACAGAUGAGAUCUGUAAGGUUGCUUCUUGGUGGCACUGGUGUGUAAAUUACACAAACUGUCACUAAAAUAAUAGUAUCUACAUACUGGUAUACACCUAUGCAUGCAUACAUAAUUUCUUAGUAUAAAAAACAGCCAUCUAUAAUAAGCUCUUUUUAUCACAUGCAUUGUGAUUUAACAGGUGUGCUAAUAUCUGUAGUCAUACACUUCAGUAGAUUCUUUCAGGCCCCUCAAAGAAUUCUUUUAAAGACAUGGUAGGUUGUGUGUGGAGGAUUUGUAGCCGUGCCAUUUUAACAAGCAAGAAGAGAGAUUUAGAUCAGUAAUUCUUCAGUUUGCCUUUGUUUUAUGGUUUGUUUUACUUUAUUAUUUAGAUAGUAAAAGAAAUUGGCCAGUGCCAUGGAUAUUUGAUGUUGGAAGAAGAGUACUUCUUUAGGACCGUUAAUUGGUUCAAAUAAUUUUUGUUAGGAAAAUCAUUCCAUACACGGAUUACUAUCUUUGGUACAUGGGCACAAAUCAAAGUUUUUGUUCUUAUGUGAAUAUUUCCUUUCCAGUAUCUUCUCCAAGUUGGAAAAAAUAUAUAUAUUUAGUCCUCCUUCACCCUACCCUAUAUUUAUAUUACCCAUAAUAGUAAGGACAUUUUCUUGCUCUAGAUAAAAGGUAGUUUAGUUUGUUUCAGUUACAGCUGAGUAAUUGGAUACCAUUUAGUUUCACUUUUCAUCGAAAAACUGUCCCUACUAUUUUACUCACUGUUAAAAUUGUCUGGCCUUCUAUUUUUCAAAAGAUUGGCGUUUGCUUCUCUGUAUGAACUUGUGUAAGUCACUUAACCUCCGUGUGCCUGAACAAGUUGUGCUAUAUUACAGAGUUAUGUUCGGGCUAAGCCUUUGUCUUCAAGGAGGAUGUCACAGAAGGCAGCUAUUGUGUAAUAAAUAGGCCCUGGAAACGACUGUCGGCAACGGGAUACUGAGCUAGAGAGCACGCUGAUCUAAUCCCGCUUGUCGCUUCUUAUGUUUCCAAGACCCAAAACAAAGACAGUACAUUGAUUUACUCAGCUUCACAUGCGGAUGACUAGUGAGCGUGAGAUUUGGAGCUGUUAGAGCAUCUCACCUCAUGAAGAAUAGUUUCCUUUGAUGGGAGUUUUGGAGGUAAGGAAGUUGAAGAAAAUAUAAUGGAUUCUGGGAGAAAACUGUUUUGUCACAGAUACAGUGUUGCCUGACAGAGAAGUGCCUUUAUUUUCAGCCUGGAGCACAAAUAUUAGACCUGCUCAGAUGUGAUUUUCAAUUUUUCUGUGUUUUCUACCAGACUAUACUCCUAAGACUCAAGUCUCAAGCAGUGCUGUUUCGUUUUGUUCAAGAUUGCUUUAUGUUGAGAAGGAAACAAUGUAAAUGCUGUCCUCUCCUGUGAACAACUGUGGUUAAAAUAAGGUGGCAAGGUUUAGUUGCUCAGUAUUAGACAUUCAUUGAUCCACCUUGUAUUGUGUCCCGGCCACAUGCUGGGCUCUGUGCUCAGCCCUGGAGAUAGAACAGUGACCUCACGGAGCUCACGGUCUAUGUGGAAAGUGCCAGAUAAGAGGCUUGUCAGCUUCUGACCCUGCCAAUUUAACGUGAAAAUGUGGGGUACAUUAUAUCACUGUUGUUUUCAUCUAUAACAUGUAUUAUGCAGUUUUCUAAGGAUCUUCUUUAUGUGAAACUUGUGAAGAAUCUGUCAGUAAACAUCUUGUCAUUCUUUCAAGUAGGAAUCACUUAACCUGAUGAUAGCUUAAAGAAUACCAGUGUCAAGAGUCAUAUAUUCCACUAUACUGGUAGUUUUUUCCAUAUGCAAGCCAGAUGAUUCAAAGUUCUUUCAGACUGUGAGAUUGUGCACAAUUUUGGACCCCUUCUGCUCUACCACAGGGAGCGAGGAAGAAGGUAUUAAAGCUCACUGUACCCUUCCAUAUACUUAUCAAGAGCCUGUGUAAACGUGUCUUAAUGAAUGUUGUUGACAGCAAUGUAAAUAGUUGAAAAUAUAAAUUUCUAUUACAGUUUAAGAAAAGAAAACCUUAUGAUUCAUCACUAGCCACUGUUAAUAUCUAUUUGUAUUCUUAUACCUUUUCAAUAUAUUUGAACAAAUAUAUAGUUUCUGGCACUAUUUUUGUACUAGGAUAAAGGAGUUACUAUGUAUAUUAUGUUUAGCUUUUAAGUCAUUUUAAAUCGUUGUGAACGUUGACUUCUUUUCUUUCCCCCACCACAAGAAUCAUUUCAUAUGACUCCUCCAUGACGAAAUCGCGCUAAAGGAGCAUUUACUCACUCGUGGGCCCUGUCGUGGGAUGGUCAGGGUGGUUUCCAUUGUGCAGACUCCUCACCUGCCAAUUAUCUCCUUGUUUUGCUUUGUAAAAAUAAAAAGUAGAACAAGUAGGUACAGGUGUUUUGUGAUUAUUAAGGGACUUUGAAGUUGAAGAGUGGGGCAUUAUUUGGGGAAAUUGAAUUUUAGGCAAGCAGAGUAGUGGGCCCACUAGUUCCAGAGACUUUAAUCAAGAGAAUGUGUGAUCCUGUGAACUGAAGA